AUGGAAUAUGAAAGACAAAAACCAGCGAACAAUACUGAAAUACCAGAAAGAAAGAAGCCGAAAACCAAUAAAAGGACAUUGGACAAAAUAGCCAGGGAAAUAGACAAGCAAGCUAGAGUUACUGGGCCAGAUUGCAGAUGUGCUCGAUCAAAAUGGUUUGAGAAGAUUACAGAAGACAAAAGAAAUACCACUUUAACCAAAUUUAAUAUGCUGGAAUCUAAAGAUGCACAGGACAGUCAUCUUGCUGGAUUAAUAUCAUUUGGCCCCCCACGGCAAAGACGUCGUUGUAGAAGACAUCAAGAUGUGCCACAGGAUAAUGAAAAUCAUGAAGUGGAAGAUGCUGUGGAUGAGCCUUUACUACAAAAACAUCAACAUCUACAGUAUAUUCAGAUAAGAGAUAGACCGGACAUAAACAAGACCACGUGA